AUGGAGAAUUUUACUCUUGAAGAAUAUAAAAAAAUAAUUGUAAAUGUUUCUCUCAUAUUUAGCACAAUAACAAUGUGCUUUUCGAUUUUGUCAAUUAUAUUGGCUUAUUUUUUUUCACAAAAUGAGGAUGCAGUAUGCGUUGAUUUAAAUAUAAAUUUAGAUGAUGCCAGUCGUCCCAAGACUUAUUUGUAUAUACAGAAAGACUCAGACUCUUUUUUAUCACCAAAUGCAGAAAAGACAUGUACUGGUUCCCUAAACUCUUCAAUACAUGAAAAUGUAGAAAAUUUUCAAGGGGAAAAUACAAAUGAAAAGAGUAACUGUAACAAUCUGAAUUAUCAAGAGAUCGAAGAAAAGGUUAAAUUGUUGUCAUUGAAUGAGGAGUACCAUACAGUAAAUAACGGACAUAUUAAUGUAGACGAAGUAGAUCCUAAUGAAAAACAAAAUAAAGUAAUACGAAUAAUAAUUAACUGA